AAAUCACAAUUCCACCAAAUACAUCACUAGGUUAGUCCAAUAUACGACCCAAUCUCGAAACCCAGCAUAUAAAACCACAUAUCAAAACCCUAAACACCUAAAGCUGCUCCCAUAUCUUGCAACCCUCGCCGCUGGUCUCUCUUCAAACCUUCGAACGAUUCACAAAAGGUAAGAAAAAAUGAGUCGUGGUAGUGCAGCUGGUGCCAAGGGAAAGAAGAAGGGUGCAACCUUCACCAUUGACUGUGCUAAGCCAGUGGAAGACAAGAUCAUGGACAUUGCUUCUCUUGAGAAGUUUCUUCAAGAGAGGAUCAAGGUCGGUGGAAAAGCUGGUGCUCUCGGUGAUUCUGUCUCCGUUACCCGUGAGAAGAGCAAGAUCACUGUUACCUCUGACAGUAACUUUUCCAAGCGAUACUUGAAGUAUUUGACAAAGAAGUACUUGAAGAAACACAAUGUAAGAGACUGGCUCAGAGUGAUUGCUUCAAACAAAGAUAGAAGUAUCUAUGAGCUCAGGUACUUCAACAUUGCUGAGAACGAGGGAGAGGAAGAAGAUUGAUUGUAUGGUCAUCUUAUUUACCUGAAAACUUUGUAUGCCCUUUAUCACUAGAGCUAGCUUUCGUUUUGGCCAAGUAUUGCUUGAGAUAAUGAUGCGUUGUUUAGACUGUGUUGCAAUUUAACAGUUUUGAUUAUUUAAUAGUUGCAUUGGCAUUUAUGAAUUCAGAAUACAGUUUUGAGUUUUCAUUUACUCUUAUGUUUUUUCCUCCAGCUGUUAAACAGUUGCAUUGAGCUGUUUCCACCAAAAUUCAGCAUCAAGUAUUCAAGUUCAUUAGCUUCAAA